AGUCAGACUUGAAAUUAAAAAUCCAAACAAACACAAACAUUAUUUUUCUACGGUGCGUAAAGUACCCUUACUUUAAGUACUGUUCAAAAGACGUAAAAUAAGAUUUCACGCACUAGCGCGUAAAAUAAUUCACGUUACACACUAGUGCCUGAAGUAAACAUAAAAGUUCAAUAAAUUUAGACCCUCAGAUAGUGACAUAUUUAGGUGCCCCAUUUUCGCAUACAAGCCUCGAAGAGGGUUGACUAGUACAUCGAUUUUGAGUAGGAUGAUGAUAUUUUCUCGGGUGGCUUCUGAGGAUAACGUAUGGAAAAUUCGAUUUUCCAUAACAGAAAUGAAAGACGUCCUGGUGGCCUGGUGCCUAUAUUUUCUCGCGAGCUGUGUUCACCAAAGGAUUAAAUAAUAAAUCCUGGGUCCGUGAAAAUAAACAAGGGGGUGUUGCAGGCAGUGCCGGCCCGAGCCUACUUUCAGGAUGGAGCGAGAUCCGACUUUGGCGCCCCUAUUUCAAAUGUGAAUCUUCUGCGCAUGGAUUUUGACCAUUGUAAUACCUAUAUGUCUCUAUCUAUCUUAUCAUCUAUUGAAGUUUGAAAACAUCUAUUUUCCUUGGUAAUCUCAACGCAGCAUGUAUAAACUUGGGAAUAAUAAGGACAAUGAAGAAGAUGAGGACCAAGAAAUGCUGAAUCAAGAAGCAGAGUUCUACAAACAAAAAGCUCUAAACAAAUUAAUACCGGCAGCGACUGCUGUAAAAUCAAACAAAGAUGUCCAUCAGACACCAAAAUCAACAAAAAAUGAUCUCGAGAAAAUGGAAAUCGAACCAACUGGAGAAAAUAUCCAAGAUCAGCUGGCAAACACUUUCGAAGCGAUACCCAAAGGCAUGGAUCUAAGCCCGAUCAAGGAAAAUGUUCAAAAUUAUAACAAAACUUCUAUAACAUAUGAUCCUAAUGGAUUUCCAAAACCUGUUAGACGAAAUACAGAUAUAAAGCCUUUAAAGGGGAGCAUUUUUUCACAACAUAUGAAAAGGUUGAAGAAGAACUCCGAGGUUGUUACAACUACAGAAAAUAAAACAGAUGUUAAUAAAUCAAUAUUUUCUCUUCAAGGAAAAAAGGAGAAUGAACAAACUAGGUUAAAUGCACAUACUCCAGCUAUUUUAUCUACAACUGAGAGGCUACAAAUCCACGAAGAAAAUCUUGAAACCUUAAAUCAUAUGAACCAAGAGGAAAUAUUGGCAAACAAGAAACAACUUUUAUCAUCUCUAGAUCCUGCUUUGAUCCAAUUUUUACGGGAUAGACAAUCAUUAAAACAAAAAGAAAUUGAAAGUGGAUAUAAAACAAAUACAAAACAAAACAUAACAGCUGAGAAUCUAGGUGUAGAACAAGUGGAGGUUCUCCAAGAAAUGUUAUCAAUGCCUGAAUCUAAUGGUUGGCUUAAUUUUAAUAAAUUUGAAGCCAAUAAGCUAGCAUGGAUGCAAGACAUGCCAAUUCCCAAACUAAAACAGACUGAAGGUUUUGAGGCAAGAUUUGAUUUUGAUGGAUAUCUUUUGCCUUGGUGUGUAGCAGAAAUAAACGAAGCCAAUAGAUAUUUGUACCAUCAUGGAGACGAACCAGAACGUCCUGGCUACAGCUUACAAGAACUUCUAUCUCUAUCAAGAUCAAAUGUUAUGCAACAAAGAAUCAUGGCUCUCAAUACCCUAGCGAAUAUUUUAAGCAUCGAACAAACAGGAGUUUACGAAAAAGUUUUUGAUUUGCCAAUAGAGCAAAUUUUUUUUGUGCUCAGAGUUGCUUUGGAUGAUAAUACACCGUCAGUUUUAGCAGCAGCAGCAAAAGCUUUAAGAAAUUUAGUAUAUUUUCAAAUUGAUGAAACUUGUUUGGAUAAUAUGUUAGGCUUUGGAAUGGGUUUUGUACAGCCAAUUUUGGCAAUUGAUAGUGCCAUGGAAGAUGAUAUUACUGUCAAUGAUCAACAAUUGGCAGAGACUAAUUUGGUUAAAUGUUUAAUUAGAAGUGGGAUUUUGACAAGAAUUAGAUAUAUUGUUAACACAAUAAAACCACACACGGAAACUAUAAUCCACUGCAUUGAAAUCCUGAUAAGACUUGCCAGAGACUCUGAAUUUAUUAUCAAUAAAAUUUUGCAGUGUGAAGGCCUUAUAGGCAGUUUGAUAAAAUAUUUCUUGCCUCCAUUUAAAUCAUUGGGAUUGGAUAAAUCUUGCCCUGGUUACUUCAUGCCUUUACCACACAUCAUUAAACUAUUAAGAGUUUUAUCAUCCAGAAAUAGAAAUAUUGCUGCCAGUUUGUUGAAUAAAUAUGAUUUGUUGAUUAUUAUGAUGUCUUAUUUGAAUGAAGAUCAUUUUUCUCAAAACGCUUUUGCUAUGCGUUUGCAAGUUGAGUCUAUGUAUUAUUGGACAGUUGUUUUACAUUACGGACUUUCUAUCGAUUCAUUAAGCCAACAUUCCAACAUUAUUUUGAAAUUCCUGGAUUACCAUUUCAAAAAUACAAACAACGAUAUGUCCACCACAUUAAUAAGACAAAGUCAUGUGACAGCCUUGUUCAUGCUGCUCACAAAGGCUGUAGAAAAAGAACAUGUUUUGUUUCAAAGUCUGACUACUCAGUGUUUUGAAAAAUGGAUGAGUCAGUUUAGGAUUCUUCAAGAGUUUAAGUGCGCUCACUCACAGAUUACCACCUCUAUACUUUAUUAUGCAGCAGUUUGUAACAGAAAUGGUGUAAAUAUCAAUGGCUCUGGUCUAUUUGAAUUAAUUUUUGAUUCUGAUGGAUUUAAGUUUGCGACCAACAAUAUUUUAAAUGGAUCUAUACUUUUAAACAACUUCCAAACACAUCAAACUACUGCCAAUCUGAAAUCGUUAGAAGCUGCAGCCUGGUUUUCCAUGGACCAUAUUAUACCUGUAAUGCAAACCAAUAGUUGCAUACCAUUUUUAUACGCAUUGACUAGUUUUAUAAUGAGUAGUGAUUCGUCCAAGCUGAAAACCAAAUUUCUAAACUACCCAAACAUCAAAAUGUACACUGAAAAACUGAAAUCUUCCAAAUCUUAUUAUAAUAUUGGGAAUUGGUUUGCUAGAUGUGAAAGCUUUCUUAUAAUGAAUAUUCUGAAAAUUGUUGUAAAUAUCCAAGCCGAUAUUGAUCCUGCUUCAUAUUAUGAUACUGCUGUUAAGUGUUUAUGUGUUUUUAGUACCGAACAAAAGCAGGAUAUGAAAUUUUUGCUGGAUAAUAUGGUUUUCUGUCCAAGGUUCUAUCCAGUAGAAGUUGCAAUGUCAAAUACUCAAAUAAACGAAAGAAAUACGGAACUAGAUAGAGCCUGGUCAAAUCUGGAUGAGAUUAAAAAAGUUUACGCUAAUGUAUUGGGCAUAACUGGUAAUUUAAUCACUUUUGACUCGUCCCUCUGCCUAGACACGAGUAUUGGAAACGUAAUUCCAGUUGACUGGAUUUACACCCCCUUAGUGGUGCUCUACUCCAACUACCAAAAAAGAUCCAAAAAUGAAGUACACAACGAACAAGAAGACUUCCAAAUUGUCAUUAAUUGUUUACGCUGGGUCCUUAUUUAUGAAACCCACUUUGAAACUUUAUCAAAUUGCAUAAGCCCUGCUGAAAAAUACGUUCGGUUGGGGUGUUUGUUUUUAGCUUCCGAUAACUUGUUUUUACAUGCAGAGUUGCAAGAUUUGAUGACUCAAGUUUAUGGGUUUUUGAUUAGAGAUGAAAAGAUGAUUGAUUUUAAAAAACAAAUAUCAGGUUUGACGAGCUUCAAAGAUUUUUUUAUGCAACUCUUAGACCAAUAUCAAGCAGUGAGUUAUGGAAAUAAAGUUUUUGGAAAUGUUUUAUUGUUUCCUUUGGUGAAACGUCACGAUGUUGGGUUCAGGAAAGCUUUGUGGUCUGAGUAUUUAGCUGUAGUGCAAAGUUUUAAUCUUUCAGCUGAUGAGGUUUGGAUACAUCCAUGCGAUCUUAUAAAACCAGAAGAUACUGAUAUGUCUUUAUGCACAAGUUAUUAUAGAGCAUGGGCGACUAAUAUUAUUCCAAAAAACAGUAUUAUGCAUGAAAUUGCCUCAAAAAAUAUAGAGUUUUUCAAACGUAGAAUGGAAAAAGAUAGUAAAAGUGCUAAUAUAGGAGACCUAUGAUUUUGUUUGUUAUAACAUAUAAGUACAUUUAUUGUAAAUUAUUCAAUAAUCAAGAUUUUCCA